AUGGCUCCCGCACCUAUUCGUAUGGCCGAAGAUUACUACAAUCAGAUGUAUCCUCUCCCAGCAACUCCUCCUACACCGCACAUCAUCAAUGGAUGCUGCCACAGCCGCAGCCACCGACGUCGAGCCUCGCGCUCCGCCAAACCUUAUGAAAGCGAUGGCUCAACGGACAGCUACUCGUCAUAUGAAGAUGACCAGUCGACCCAGCAGAGAGACGAUCGCCUCCCGCCUCGCAUCGCUCUGAGACAACUCACGGAUUUCCUUCACGUGACUGCUGCUUUCUACAAAACACAGCUCCACGACUUCGCCCGCGAUCACUCAAGCAGCUACGACAAAUCAACCGAUGCUCUUCGUGGGUUACUUUGGAAAGAAUGGAUGAGCCGCCGCGAUGACGCCACGCUCGAAUCCUUCACGUCCACAAAGACCAACAUCACGCUGCUGUUCCAACAGGUCGAGGCCGCUGUUGCGACGCCUUGGAUGGACGAUCCUGAUAUCGAGGCACGAUUUGAAUUCACCUUCAGUACUCUACAGGGAAUGUGUCUUGAGAUUGUCAGAUUGGCUGACAAAGCGAUGAGUGACUGGCGGGCUUGUCAUUUCCUGGCUGUUGAGUUGAGCAAUGCGAGAUUGUAUGCCAGCCCCGAGGGGUCUGUUCAGCGACAUUUGUUCAGUGGAUGGGACAAGGCAGAGUUUUGGUAA